UUUUAUUAAUGAAAUAUUACAUUAUUAGCAAUGUGUUUCAAAAAUCAUUAUAAGGGAGUGUAAACAAGUGCUUUUAAGCUGAAAAGCAAAUACCGGAAGCGUAAAAUUUGCUCCAUAUGAAAACUUCCUGCGCAGUGAAUUCAGAAAAAUCGUACUCUCACCGCCAACUAAUCAAAUCUGGAAGUAGAAAUGUUUACAUUUUGUCCUGUGAAUGCGACAUACACUCAUAUACAAUAAUAUAUUAGUGUGUACUCAUUUAUUAGAUUAUGUGAACCGAGUCUUUCGAACCGGAUGUUUUGUUGUCCAUUCUUUGUUCAAAAACAUACCCGAGCUGAGAAAUGAAGAAGAGGUUUAACAUCGAUUUGGACGACUCUGCCUUCACCAAAGAAAGAACACCGCCAAAGCAUCACUUUCAGCCAUCAUCAAAUGUAGGCCACAGCAGUACAAGUGCUUCUUCUGCAAAACCGGACGAGCAUUUGUCCUAUGCACAAUAUAUCAUCAAGAGUAAAGACCCUGGCUUCCCUGAAGGUGGUGGCGUCCUCACUGGUCCCAAUCUCAGGCAAAAAGAACCCGAUUUAGUGCCCUCAUCUACAGAUGCAAAGGAUAAGAACAAUGAUGGCUGUGGCGAGGUCAAGAAGAGCACGGAUGAAGGGAAUCUUAGUACUGGUCUUGGUCCGAAACCAGCUGGGUCCGGGAGCAGCAUUAUUGUCAGUCCGCGACAGAGGGGAAACCCCAUUUUGAAAUUCGUGAGGAGUGUACCAUGGGAGUUUGGAGAAGUUGUACCGGAUUACGUCCUGGGCCAGACUACAUGUGCUCUCUUUCUCAGCUUGAGGUAUCACAAUCUGCAUCCGAAUUAUAUUCACGACCGACUCAAGCAGCUCGGACACUGUUUCACCCUCCGAGUUUUACUAGUUCAAGUGGAUGUGAAAGACCCUCAUCAUGCACUGAAGGAGCUGGCUCGCAUUUGUAUCAUGGCGGACUGCACUCUUAUUUUGGCGUGGAGUCCAGAGGAGGCAGGACGCUACCUAGAAACCUACAAGUCCUACGAGAAGAAACCAGCAGAUCUUUUGAAGGAGCAAGUUGAAAAAGACUAUUUGUCAAAGGUGACAGACUGCCUUACCACUGUGAAGUCCAUAAACAAGACAGAUGCUAUUACACUACUGUCAACCUUCUCAUCUUUGGAAGGAAUCAUCAGUGCCUCGAAAGAAGACCUUGUACUCUGUCCGGGCUUAGGGCCACAAAAAGCAAGACGUCUCUAUGAUGUGCUUCACAAACCCUUCAGAAAAUCCAAGACCAAGUGUGAUAGUUGAAAUGCGCUAUCACAAGAUGGCUUGUUUUUAACUGCAGCAAAGACAGAAAAUGACAAUUAAUGCUGUCAACAUAUACAUGUAUAUGUUUUAUAACUGUUUUGUAAUAACUGUCCACUGCUAUUUGGUGAAAUCUGAAUGAAUUAAUAAAU